CAACGAUAAGUUUCUACGGUGUUUAUUCGUUGCUUGCAAGCCUCUUUCACUAAAGCUCCCCACUUGGCCAUUGCAAGUAACCAUCACCCUGUUAUCCUUUUUUGCUUCUAAAUUAUUCUUCAUCUCUUCUUCUGUUUUUUGUUCUUCAUUGUUCUAAGCAACCCUUUUUCUGAGUCCUUCAAAGAGCUUUUUUUUUUUUUUUCCCUUUUCUUAUAACUGUUUCUGUAACAGAGGAGACAGGGAAGCUUUGUUUUUUUAAAGCCAAGAACCAAGGGAUUCCUUUAUGCAUAGGAUGUAGUUUUUGAUCUGCCUGCAUGGUGAAUAAUUGAGGUUUUGAUUGAAAAGAAUCAAUUUUCUUUUGGAAGUUUGCACUAAAGGAAGCAAAGUAGGAGGAAACUAUGGGAAAAGAGCGAAGUUUUCUGAAAAAAGAGAUGACAAAGCAGUUUACAGGUAAAAGGGAUGAUACACAGCUGCACUCAGCUGUGAGAGCAGGAGAUUUUGAAUUGGUUUUGGAAAUAAUUAGUGGUGGUGAGGAUGGAGAGUUGAAGGAUUUGUUGUCUAAGCAGAAUCAAUCCGGUGAAACUGCCUUAUAUGUUGCUGCUGACUGUGGUUAUGCUGAUUUAGUGAAGGAAAUGAUGAAGUACUAUGAUAUUGUUUUGGCUGGUGUUAAAGCAAGGAAUGGCUUUGAUGCUUUUCAUAUUGCUGCCAAGCAAGGGAACUUGGAUGUAUUGAAGAUUCUCACGGAGGUCAAUCUUGAUCUUUCAAUGACUUUUGAUACUUAUAACACCACAGCAUUGCACACUGCUGCAUCACAAGGCCACACUGAAGUGGUGAAUUUCCUCUUGGAAAAAGGCAGCAACGUGGCAAAAAUAGCAAAGAGCAAUGGUAAAACUGCCUUGCAUUCGGCAGCAAGGAAUGGGCAUCUAGAGAUAGUAAAGGCCCUUUUGUCUAAAGAACUAGAAAUUGCAACAAGAAAUGACAAGAAGGGCCAGACAGCUCUUCAUAUGGCGGUUAAAGGACAGAAUGUUGAAGUGGUAGAUGAGCUGAUAAAGUCAGAUCCUACUUUAAUAAACAUGGCUGAUAAUAAGGGCAACACUGCUUUGCAUAUAGCAACUCGGAAAGGUCGGAUUGAGAUUGUUCAAAAGCUGCUAAAUCACAGUGGAGUUGACAAACUAGUCAUCAACAAGUACGGGGAAACGGCGCUUGACACUGCAGAGAACAAUAAACUAUCUGAUAUUUCAGGCAUCUUAAAAGAGCAUGGAGUCCAAUGCGCCAAAUUCAUCAAGCCGCAACCUAAAAAUUCGGCUCGAGAACUAAAACAGACAGUAAGUGAUAUAAAGAAUGGGGUUCAUCACCAGCUUGAGCAUACACGCCAAACAAGAAAACGUGUGCAAGGUAUAGCCAAGCGGCUUAACAAAAUGCAUGUUGAAGGUCUCAAUAAUGCGAUCAACUCCAGCACAGUGGUGGCUGUUCUCAUUGCCACUAUUGCUUUUGCUGCCAUCUUCAAUGUCCCAGGCCAAUUUGCUGACAGUCCUGAUGAUAUUUCACCAGGAGUCUCUCCAGGACAAGCGAGAAUUGCUUCAAAACUGCCGUUUAUGGUUUUUAUAGUCUUUGACUCCAUAGCCCUCUUCAUAUCAUUGGCUGUUGUGGUAGUGCAAACCUCAGUUGUAGUUAUACAGAGUAAGGCAAAGAAGCAGAUGAUGGCAGUUAUUAAUAAGCUCAUGUGGUUGGCUUGUGUGCUGAUUUCAGUUGCAUUUCUUGCCAUUUCGUAUAUUGUAGUUGGAAACGAUGAGACGUGGUUAGCUAUUCUUAUUACUGUUAUAGGGACUGUAAUCAUGGUAUCAACAUUGGGGACAUUGUGUUAUUGGGUGAUUGUGAACCGUAUCCAGGCUUCAAAACUUCGGAGCAUCCGCAGGUCUUCGAUGAAUAGCGGAUCCCGGUCACUGUCAAUGUCAUAUAUGUCUGACACUGAGAUUCUCAACAAUGAGCACAAGAAACUCUAUGCUGUUUGAGCUU